AUGUCAUCUUAUUUACUUAACCAAACAAUUGAGCAUGAUAUCACAACGAAGUACCAAAGUGUUUUAAUGUUCUUGUUGUCUCAAACUACUUCAUUUGUGGUGAGUUUAUCUUCAUAUAGUUCAACCAAAUCAUCUCAUUUUGUGACGAUCAAAGAACUGACUUAUUUUGGCGACGACAUCUUCACCAUCAAUUUAAGAGAACUCGUCAACGAGCGUGCGAGUCAAAAUUUUGACGAUUUAUGUAAAGAAAAAGUCUCGAAAAAAACAGCUGAAAGAAGAGUUGUGUAUGGAAAGCCGUCCGACUCUAUUCACUUUUUAGAAGACUUGUUAUACAUAAUUGGAAUCGAUUGCUUUUGCCAAAUCGGCGACAAAGUUGGGAAUACAACUCGACUUGAAAUUGGAUUUCAGAAUGGGACAGUGUGGAGUGCUGGUGAUGUUGAAAGGGUUGGAGAAAGUGUGAAUGAAUACAUUUAUUCAAAAUUAAAUGGGAAAAAAGAGGUGUUAAUUGAAAGAAUUGAACUAAUAACAUCGCUUGGUAUUAUCACGGGUAAGUAUUAA